AUGGAACUCCAAGAAAUGUUUCGUUACGGAUACAUGUUUCCGUCCAAAGAAAAAGAAUUAGUAUCCUACACGUACGUGGAUUCGCCGAAUUACCCCUACUCGAAGAACAAAACUGAUCUGCCUCCAGUAAGCACUAUUACGAUACCUCGGUGCAUUGUCUAUGAUAGCAACUGCAGUGACGGUUGGCACACGCCAAGUCCGACUGCGAGCCUGAGAUCGGUUAGUCCUGCUACAACUUUAUCUAUAUCAUCCGAGCCUGAUACAAUAGGUACUCCUGUGACUUACCGGCUAUUAGGUUCGGUGGAAGAAUUGAGCAAAAGGUGUGGUACGAACCGAAAUUUAUCGAAGAUGGGAUCACAAAUAGCACAACAUAGUAUGAACACGAUAGACCUAACGGAGGAAGUAAACAGCAUGGACGCAGAUACUGAUGGAACUUUUGAUGCUGAAGGCGAAGCUGACGAAGAAAAGGCGCAGUCCCGUCGAGAUAGUGUCAUUAGCAAUUCUAGCAAUUUUUCAGACCGAAUUGUAGACGGGGACAGCGAAGAAGAUCUUGAGAUGAGCGACAGUCCAGAUCACACUCGAUCCGAAACUGGUGGCAUCCAAUGUAACCGGGACUUCGUCAGAAGAAGAGGGAAAUACGUCAGUUCGACGGUUGUUAGAAAACGCAGGUUAGCGGCGAAUGCAAGGGAACGAAGAAGAAUGCAGAAUCUAAACAAAGCAUUUGAUAGAUUGAGAACUUAUCUACCGUCUUUGGGUAACGAUAGGCAAUUAUCGAAAUACGAGACACUACAAAUGGCACAAUCUUAUAUUACAGCUCUGUACGAUUUGCUACAGUGA